AAUGCGAGUUUGUCUGUAGGGGGAAUAAAGGCGUCCUGAUGGGAGAGCAGUUUUGGAGGCAAAAAUUGGAGGAAAUUCUGACAUAAAAAUACGCGUCGUGAUUCCAAAAAUAACACCACUGUGAUCGGGGAACUCUGCAGCGCUUUUUGGUCUGGGCUUUGGGCGCUUCAGCCGCCUUCACCUUCAGGAUUAUACUAAAAAGUUUGCGCUUAAAGAAGGGAGAAAGGAAUUUUAAAAAGAAGAAAGGCCGAAUUAACUGCUUACGCUGCUGUUGGAAACAUAUUUCAGCAGAUGACAAUUUUGGCGACAACUUGACAGCUGCUAUUUGAAACUUUUCUUUAUUUCUUUCUAUCUUUUUUUGCUAAGGAGUCUGUUUUUGCCCAAGAAGAAUCGCUCAUCUGUGGAAAGUUGAAGCGCAGUCUGAGCGCUGGAGCGAUGCGAUGAUGAUGCGAUCCGUCUCUGAUUCACACACGACACCGACACCGACACCGAACCGGAGCACGACCCCCAGCGCAAGCAUGAGCGGCUCGAGCUUCCUCGCUCUGCUGCUCGCGACAGUGAUGCGCCUCGGCUCCGCGGAGCUGCUGUCAGGGUUACAUUUUGUGGAGAGCCCUAAGAACGUGACCUCCUCUCUUGGGAAGCCAGUGGCCGUCCAGUGCGUCCUGCGAGCGGACAGCGAGGGCCAGGGGCCCCUGGAUGUGCUCUGGCUGAAGGAGGGACAGCCGCUGGACUUUGCCGACACCAACCAGAUGCAGUUCCCCGAAGAUGAGAACGGCUGGCUGGUUAUUAGUAAACUCAAGAUAGAGGAGGUGCAGCUCUCGGAUAUGGGCGGCUAUCAGUGUGCAGUUUCCUCUGGUGAAGAGGAGAUUUUAUCCACUGAGGGAUACAUUGAACUAGAAGGUCUCCCUCAUUUCUCGGUAGAGCCGCAGCAUCUGUCAGUCGUGGCUAACGAAGAGCUGAGUCUGCGCUGUGUGGCUCACGGUCCUCCUGAUCCGGUGCGGGUCAUCUGGCUUCAGGACGGGGCUCCUCUCAAUAACCUGGAUGACCCGAUAUCCCUGUCGCCCUCAACCCUCAACAUCUCCGGUUUGAAUAAAACCAGCUCUUUCUCCUGUGAAGCGCACAAUCGUAAAGGUGUGGCGUCGUCUGGCACAGGUGUUGUGACCGUUCUUCCUUCCCAGCCCCGUGACAUUAAAGCUGAAGAAAUCACAAAUUCAAGUAUCCGUCUGUCUUGGCACAUGGGCUUCGGAGGAAUUUAUCCCAUCAGCCACUGCAUUGUUCAGGUUAAAGCAUCUGGUGAGGACUCUGAUGAGCUGAUCUCCAGUCAGACGGUCAGCGCGCCGGUCACCAGCCGUCUGAUCUCGGGUCUGGAGGCCUUCAGCCGCUAUGAUCUCAGACUGGCCUGCCGGAGCAGCGAGGGCGUCUCUAACUGGACGGCCUGGAUGAGCGUCAGCACCAGCGAAGGAGUUCCGGACUCGGCCCCAGACAAUGUGACAGUUGUGGUGAACGGAACAGAAGUGAUCCUGAGAUGGUCAGAACCUCCUGGAAAGAUGAACGGACAGCUGCAGGGAUACAUGAUGGAGUACAGCUCACCUAACAUGGAACAGGUUGUGGUGGACACAGGUUUGGACACAGAGCUGUUUGUCAAUCUCUCAGCUCCGCUGUCAAACGUCUCCUUCAGAGUGUGUGCGUACACCGGAGCGGGACCGGGGCCUUGGACGCCCCUCCAAACCAUCACGCUCAUUACUGCAGAAACGGGGCAAUCCAGAGGUAUCUUGAGUGCUCCGGCGUUCUCCUGGCACUGGUGGUACGUGGUCAUGGCCAUCGCCGCCGCCAUCGCUCUCGCGGUGCUCCUGGCCGUGUAUGUGACCAGGCUGAGGCGGAAGGAGACACGUUUUGGUGAGGCGUUUGAACCCAUGAUGGAGAGCGGUGAACUCGUCGUUCGAUACCGAGCUCGUCGAACCUACAGCCGACGCACAACAGAAGCCACACUAAACUCUCUGGGGAUCAGCGAUGAGCUCAAGCAGAAGCUGCAGGACGUGAUGGUGGACAGACACAAGCUAACGCUGGGAAAAACACUCGGGGAAGGCGAGUUCGGCUCGGUCAUGGAGGGUUUGCUCACUCAGGAGGACUCUGUGCUCAAAGUGGCAGUGAAGACCAUGAAAAUCGCUAUCUGCACUCGCACUGAAAUGGAAGAUUUCCUGAGAGAGGCGGCGUGCAUGAAGGAGUUCGAUCAUCAGAACGUCAUGCGGCUUCUAGGUGUGUGUCUGCAGACGGUGGAGAGCGAAGGCUAUCCGUCUCCUGUGGUCAUUCUUCCCUACAUGAAGCACGGAGACCUCCACAGCUACCUGCUGUACUCCAGACUCGGAGACGCACCCGUGUAUCUGCCCUCUCAGAUGCUGGUGAAGUUCAUGACGGAUAUCGCCAGAGGAAUGGAGUACCUGAGCAGAAAAAACUUCAUCCACAGAGACCUGGCGGCUCGAAACUGCAUGUUAAAUGAGAACAUGAAUGUGUGCGUGGCGGACUUUGGCUUGUCUAAGAAGAUCUAUAAUGGAGACUACUACAGACAAGGGCGCAUCUCUAAGAUGCCUGUCAAGUGGAUCGCCAUCGAGAGUCUGGCGGACAGAGUGUACACCACUAAGAGUGACGUGUGGUCAUUUGGAGUAACCAUGUGGGAGAUCGCGACUCGAGGUCAGACACCGUACCCUGGAGUGGAAAACAGUGAAAUCUAUGAUUAUCUGAGGCAGGGCAACCGUCUGAAACAGCCUCCAGACUGCCUGGACAGUAUCUAUUCCCUGAUGUUUUCCUGCUGGCUGUUGAGCCCGAAGGACAGGCCGAGCUUCGAGAUCUUGUGCUGCGAACUCGAGAAGGUCCUGGAAGAUCUUCCGAGCCAAGACCCGGAUGAGAUACUCUAUGUCAAUAUGGAGGAGACCUCCGGAGAACUGGGGGCCGUGGGGGGCCGUGAUCCCAUAAUGGGUGUCCCGUGUGCUCUCGGGGCCCUGAAGGGUUCGGGCUCAGUGGCCACUGUAGAAGUGCACCACCCCAACCGCUACGUGAUCUGCCCCCAGCAUGAGAACCAGCGCCUCCUAAACGCAGACUCCAUGGAGAGUCUGACCCUGACGGGGCCCGGACCCACCCCGCUGCUCCAGCCCUCGUCCUGCUCCACCCCAGUGCCGCCCUCUGAAGGGCCGUCGCCGGAGGACAGAGACGAGAAGAAGAGAGCGCCGUGGCAGUGACUGAAAGUGACCUAGACUGCCUCUCGUGGAGAGCUGAGCUAUUGCUCCUGCCCCAUCAUUUUGCACAAACAUGCCACACACUCGGCCAGACAUUCAAUCAAUUACAUCUUUGUUUAUGCUUUUCAGACAAGCAUGUUUCCUUUUCAUUCCAAAUUGUCCUUUAUGUUCAGUGUGGGUCAUGAGAAAUCAAAUCAAUCGUAGUUUUUGUCUUACACUCUGUCAUGACCAGAAACAAUGUACUAAUUUUCCAGGAAAAAGUCAUACAUGUGUCUCUGCAGCACAGAAGCAGUCAUAAGCAGCACAAGUAUAUUUGUAGCAAUAGCCAACAAUACAUUGUAUGGGUCAAAAUUAUCCAUUUUUUUAUGCCAAAAAUCAUUAGAAUAUUACGUAAAGAUCGUGUUCCAUGAAGACAUUUUGUAAAUUUCCUACUGUAAAUAUAUCAAAACUUCAUUUUUGAUUAGUAAUAUGCAUUGCUAAGAACUUCAUUUGAACAACUUUAAAGGAGAUUUACUUUACUUUUUUUUUGCACCCUCAGAUUCCAGAUUUUCAAACAGUUGUAUCUCAGCCAAAUAUUGUUCGAUCCUAACAAACCAUACAUCAAUGGAAAUAUUAUUUAUUCAUGUAUAAAUCACAAUUUCACAAAAUUGACCCUUAUGACUGGUUUUGUGGUCCAGGGUCACAUUUGUCUGUCCAUUUUGAUAAAUGAUGUGUGCAGCACUAAGCUAUAUUGCAGAUAUAUUGAAGAGUAUUUAGUGGUGUUUGCUUGUUGUUGAUCGUACUUAUGCGAGGUUCCCACUGCACGAUUUUAGCCAUGAUUUUCACUCACCAACAGUUUUGUGGAAAUCGCUGACAAAUGCCUGAAAUUGCAUAGAGUCCUGCAGUGUGAAAUGUGUUUUGACUGGAAAUGACAUCGGCGAUGACCUACAACCAAUCAGAGAGCAAGAUACAGGGCAAGGGACAGUUCAGGGGAGGAGUCCUAGACCUGCAACAGAACACACAUGACCUCUGCAAGCAUCCAUUCUCUCUUUUUACUUUGUUUUACUGCAAGCCAGCAUAAAGACAACUUGUAACGCAAACUUCUUGUGGACUACAAUUUCUAACAGGAAAGCCUGUGUCACACGUGCUUUUACGUUAUUUCCUGUAUCACUUCCUGUGAGUGUUUGGUUGUGAAAUAUAGUUGGUAGACCAGAGUUAUCACUGGAAAGGUUGUGUAAUGUGUGACGCUCUGCCGUGUAGUGUGCACACAACAGCAGCUAGACGGUACUAGAUUGACUCUGAAAAUCAUGCAGUGUGUUCCCGGCAUUAGUACGACUUGUUUAGGAGGUGUAUUACAUUUUAAAGUCAUUUAGUUUAUAAAAGGUACAUGGGAGACAUGGGAGUGGGCUUUUUUUAAAUUGGGCCAGAAAGAAAGCACCAAGAAUAAACGCAUGGCAUUGUUCAAGCAACUACUGCACACUCUUUAAAACAAAGGUUCCAAAAGGGUGUUUUUGGCAGUGAUGUAAUUGAAGAACAAUUUUGGGCUUCUCAAAGAACCUUUCUCUCGUCUUAGAGUGAAGAACAUUUUUAAUGAUCUGAAGACCCUUUUGUUCAAUGGAAAGAUGUCACUGAUUCUUAAUGGAACCUCAUUUUUAAGAGUGUUUGUAGUGUAUGGAAAAUGAGCAACAAAUCAAAUAUCUUGUUGCAUGCUUUUAUCACAUUAAAACCCUUGUUCCAAAAAACGUCCUGAGAGUCGGCGCACCUCCUGCAGUCGUAUGAGACUGAUAUCAGUCGGCUGGAAUCUGACCGGUUAAAGCCCCUUUUCUGUAAGGUACUAAAGUUAGCUUUCUGCUGAUAUUAAUCACACAAUACAGUCAUCAUCAACUCAGGAGAUGCUUGGAUUUACAAUGACCAAUGACACAAAGGUCAGAUUAAGCGAAUGCCGCAAACUAGCUUGACACUGCCAGUCUCUAGAAUGGGACAAAACUGGUCAAAGUACUCAAUCUGUUUCUGUCCGCUGAGACAUGUCUCUUGACCAGCAUCUUUAUCCAAAGAAACACAUGGAGGAUGACGAUAGUAUUCUGUGCUAGGUCUAACAUGUCAAACCAAAUCCUCAGUGAUCAUGUCAUUUGUUCAUGUGUGUGACCUACAGACUAACCUCCAGGUGUAUGCGUACAGUUUUUAUAACUCUGUUUCUGAGCUUUUCUGAAUCAGCAGGGUUUUUUAGCAUUGGUUUGAGACCAGUGUAGUGGUUUCUCUUACGGUUUAGAGGAGCAGAAAGGGCAGUAGACUAGACUAAGCUGUGUAAGGCUGCACAUACAACAGGUCUUUGCUCAUCAGAGGCCCUGCCCCAGACUCAAGCACAGUGUUUUUUCUUGUUUCUUAAUGUUUUUUUGUACAUUUAUAUUUUGCACUAAUCAUUUUUGUCAUUAUAUUGUUUGUAUUUCAUUGUUUAUGCAUUUUCUUUUUUACCUGACAUGGAUUUUGAUGUACAUUUACCAUAAUAUUAUCAUGUUAUGAUAAUAUUAAAAAGGCUGUUUCAGUUCAAAUACAGAUGACAUUUUAGAUGAUUAUUUUGCAAUUCUUUUAAAAUAUUUUUAGCAUGAUAAAUAUGGUCAUUUGUUAAAAUAAUUUCUUCCAGUACAGCCUUUAACCUAAUCUGAAAUUUAAAUCACUGAAAGAGACACUUUGAAACGAAAUUAUAUUACAUCAUAGAACUAAUCUUUGGAAAAUAUUUGGUAUUGUCUUUUUUUUUUUUUUUUUUUCUCCUCACUGUAAUGUGGUACUAAGAUUGGCAGAGGUACAUUAAUAUACGACAGAUGUAACUGUAUAUUAUAAUUUUAAUGAGCCACAGCGCUUUAGAUACAUGUAACAUUGGAUGACAAAUGAUUUACUAUAUAAAUGAUGUUCAUGUGAACCAGCGUUCAGUUGGAAUCAUCUGUGAUGGACAGUUCUGCUCUCUGCACACAUGAAAGAUUGAAGACCAAAAUGAACAUGACAGCCCCUACAAAAUGUUGUGUCAGUCACCUCGUGCGGAUAUUUGCAUGCUCACAUUUUCAGCACUGUCUUUCAUGAUGAGAAACACUGUGUGUUUAAAUAUGUGGAUUUGAAGUGUCUCAGCUGACCUCAGUUGAACCGGACAAAUUCAACUGCACCACUUUUGCAUGAGAUAUUUCAGUGCAAAAACCUGCAUCUUCUAUAUGUAGUAUUACAUAUUCUUUUGCCUGACAGUAAAUCAGCCAGUGAUGAUCAAAUGAUGGAGAAGAGCGUUAUCCAGGUGUGCAGUGUAGUAAAGCUAUUCAUUCAAAGCAAAUUUUGGUAUACAAAUUUUAUUUUUUCUCAACAUAUGAAUUCAUAGACAGAAGCACACUUCAACGUGCCUUUGAAAGCCAGUAUUUUGCCUUAAAAUGGCUCAGUUUACGGUGCACGAGUGUUUAGCUUUAGAAUUAUGUCUAAUGCUGUCUAGAUAACAUCAGUGUCAUCAUUGUGAUUUUGAUAUGCUUUGUAUUAAAAUAAAUACUAUCUACACAAUU